CCCGUUCCAUUCCUCCACAGUCAGUUACAAUGAACACCGAGCGGACAAAAAUCUGCGAGAAAAGAAUCAAAUUAGCUGAAUUGAAAUUGAGUAAAAUUUUACAUAAGAUUGACACUUUAAAAGUUGACAGUUAUUUUAUAUCGCGUUUAGAUACUUCGGGUUGUAAAACAAACAAUUGUAUUCGUGGUGCGAAUAAAAAGCAUAUAUUUGUCGUCAUUUUGGUUGCUUUAGCGUUCGCAUGUAGAUGGAUUUAUUCUGAAUCAUUGCUUACGGGAUGUUUUGUCCAACUACCCUACGACACCAAGUCCCUGUUCCGGUCCCCCGAGGACUGUUCCAUGUGUGUGGGUGUGACUGACGUCAUUCGUCUGACGAACACCAGCGCGGAGGAGUUUGAGCUGUACGCUUACAGCACGCAGCCCGUCAUUGUGACUGAUGCCACCGACAAUUGGAAAGCUGUUGAGCAUUUCAAUUUCCAUUUUUUCGCCAACUUUUACCGGAGCGUCAAACUGGGGCGACGGAUCAACGAGUGCUUCUACUUCUCCUACAAGUCUGGGCUGAUGUCGCUCGACGAUGUCUUCAGCAUGGAUGAGGCACGAGCUAACCUGUCAGGCGAUCCAUGGUACGUGGGCUGGAGCACAUGCUACGAGGAAGAGACGCGUGCUCUGCGUCAGUACUACGCGCGCCCGUACUUCCUGCCGCCCAGCGCCGAGAGCGAUAUGCUGGACUGGAUCUUCAUGGGCGGCCCGGGGCAAGGCGCACAUAUGCACGUGGACUCCGUCCGGCACAUGUCGUGGCAGGCGCAGAUCCGCGGCCGCAAGCAGUGGCAGCUGGCGCCGCCGCCGGAGUGCCUCUACUCCUGCCGCUGGAUAUCCUUCACCGUAGAGCCGGGAGAGAUCCUGGUGGUGGACACCAACCGAUGGUACCACCAGACGAGCGUGCUGCCCGGAGACAUGAGCAUCACUAUAGGAGCAGAGUACGAUUGAAGCAAUCAACUUGACUUGAUUAAUAAACGGCGCUUAGAACUCGUGUCAA